AUGCCCAAGGUCAUCAAAGUUGCUGCGGCGCAGUGUCGAACUCUUGACACAAAUGCAAACACUCUUAAGCAACUCGAGACCAAAGUCAAAGAGGCUGCCGCUAAAGGCGUCGACCUCAUCCUGUUCCCAGAGGUUUACCUAGGCGGAUAUCCGCGAUUCGCAACCUUUGGUGCCAAGAUUGGCCAGAGGACUCCAGAUGGCUAUCAGCAGUUUUUGACAUAUUUCCAAGGAGCUAUUGAUCUGGGAGAUACGCCUCAAGGUGCGGAUGAUGAUUGGAUCCAUCGUCGACUGCCCACUCUUGAAAACGGGCAACGGGGAGACGGUACCCGUGAAGAGCUGGAGAGAAUUGCUCAAGAUACUGGAGUGUAUAUUGUCACUGGCGUUCUGGAGCGUUCUGGAGGUACUCUAUAUUGCUCUAUAGUCUUUGUUGACCCUACCAAAGGCAUUGUGGGAAAGCGACGCAAGAUUCAACCUACUGCUUCUGAACGGCUCAUUUGGGGCCAGGGCCAACCAAAGUCGCUCAAAGCUGUCAGUACCACAAUUAAGGGGGUCAAGAUUUGUCUUGCAGCUGCCAUCUGCUGGGAGAACUUCAUGCCUCUGUUGCGCCAGGCCCUAUACCAGCAGAAUGUAAAUCUAUAUCUCGCACCAACCGCUGAUGCAAGGCCGACAUGGCUGCCUCUCAUGGAAACAAUUGCAUACGAAGGUCGUUGCUUUCUUUUAAGUGCUAAUCAAGCUGUUCGUGAUGAUCAGCUGCCUGAGUGGAUUACUGAGGUAAAGCGAGAGGGCAAAAUGGUCAGCCCUGGAGGAUCUUGUAUCAUCUCACCUUUUGGCCAAGUUUUAGCAGGCCCACUAUGGGAUAAGGAUGGUGAGCUUCUCAUCCAAGAGUUGGAUUUUGAAGAGUGCGAGAGAGGCCGAUUGGAUUUGGAUGUUGCUGGAUCUUAUUCGCGGAAUGAUUCUUUCCAUCUAGAGGUCAAAGGUCUUGAUUUAAUUCCUCCGCCGUAG